AUGCUCCUGCUGCUUGCUGGUCCGUCGUCUUCGUUGGGAAAAUCAUUAUAAAAAGGCACCUGUCACAGCCCGGCCAGAGUUAGUCCGUCGGGAACGAUUGUCGGGGGUGGAUAGCCUAAUCUGUCGAGAGGAUAGUAGGAUAACCAGCUGUGGAACACAAAGUUUGGAAAAAAAAUCGAAACGCAACUGAUUAGUGGACUUGAGUGAUAUACGACCGAAAACACACAAGUGAUAUACCUAUUUCGAGAAUUAAAAUCGCGAGUGAUAAGGCGAUAACGCCAGAAAAUAAGGGCCGCUAAUUUUAAUCCUUAAAAAUCCAACAAUGACGUCCAAUUGGCUGAUCGGAAUGAUUGCUCUCUUCGUAGCAACACUGCUUCCGUCUACAAUUCGAGCGGACGAAUGGCACUAUCCAACACCCGCACCCAAUGGAGUUAUUAACGAACCGGAGCGUUGGGGUGGGCAAUGUGAAACCGGACGGCGCCAAUCGCCAAUCGAUCUGACGUACCAAGCUGCCGUCAAAGGAGACUUUGCACCAUUCCUGUUCAGCAACUACAUGAACCCGAUUCGAAAUGCUCAGCUCACCAAUACGGGCCAUUCUAUUCAAAUUGAUAAUACCGAUCCCUCCGUAACCUUGUACGGUGGCGGUCUUCCCGGAAAGUUCGUUCUCGACCAAAUGCACUUCCACUGGGGUUCGGAGCACACCAUCGCCGGCGUACGCUACGGCCUAGAGCUGCACAUGGUUCACCACGACUCCCGUUACAACUCCCUAACAGAAGCGGCCGCCGUCAAGAACGCCGUAGCCGUCAUCGGUGUCCUGUUCCACGUCUCCAACCAGGAUAAUACCCAUAUGGAUGUAGUCCUGGAAACUUCCCAGGACAUCCGUGAUGCCGCCGGCAAGAGCGCCCCCCUCAAGGGCAAACUCUCUCCUCAUAACCUUCUACCCAAGAACCGCACGUCCUACUUCCGGUACGAGGGAUCCCUCACCACGCCGACCUGCGCCGAGUCCGUCAUCUGGACCGUGUUCACCGAGAGUCUGCCCGUUUCGUUGGAUCAGGUCGAACUGUUCAAAACCAUCCACGAUCCUUCUGGACACGAACUGGUCAUCAACUUCCGCUCCCUCCAACCGCUGAAUGCUCGUGCCCUGGUUUACCACACCGAUAUGGAUUACUCCGGAAGCGGCGCCAUUCCGAAGCUUUCGCUUACGUUGAUCGUUGCCGCGAUCGCCGCUCUGCUGGCGAAGUAAACGCGAUCACAAGAUCAUAAGGACGCCGCCAUAUCGGGAUAUUUUGCGAGAAUAAGAGGUGCUUAGAGAGUUGACCUCCCGGACCUAUCCGGGAGGUCCCCGAAGGGAGUUUGUGAUAGAUUUUGUGUUCUGAUCGGUAGCAUAGCUACGUGGGAAAGAAUUUUAGUGACCAAAAGCGAUUCGGUUGUGCUUUCAUAAUAGUUUGUUAGAGAAAUUAUACUUAGCGUGUUGUGACAUUAGCCUGUAAGCCACUCAAAUCAUUGUCCCAAGGAUCAAUAUUGUCUAGUCCAUAAGAAGAAGACGACGAUAGCCGUAAUGAAGAUUAUAAUAUAUUAUUAUAAUUAUUCAUAGAGAGUGUAGAGUCCGUUAACAAUCGAAAUAGAGUUUACUGUGGUUGAAGUUUA